AAACAACCCCAUCAUCAUCAUCAUUCAGACAGCAUUAACAAACUCAACCAUAUUAACUAGUCAAACACACACCACAACCCCCCUCUCUCUCACCAACCAUGUCACUCUCCUUCCUCAUCUUCCUCCUCUUCUUCACCACUUCCCUCGCCGCCGACGACGCUCCAUGCCCCUUCAACAUCACCGUCCUCCGCGCCGUCAGCAACGGCCGCACCCCCACCUUCGACUCCAACUCCCGCUGCCAAUACAUCCUCCAAGCCCUCCACCUCCUCCAAGCCGACUACCUCCGCCGCACCUCCCGCUUCGUCCCUCCUCUCAACUCCUCCGAAGCCUGCUGGACCGCCUUCGAAUCCUUCAUCAACGAAUUCGCCCGCCCCAGCUUCAACAUCCGCUCCUCAUGCGGCUUCCAAACCUCAUGGAUCUCCCAAGGUUGCAUGAACAUCACCACCCUGCAACAAUUCCAAGCCAUCCCCCCAAACUCCACACUCCAAGCCGUUCGCGACAACUGCAACCAAUCCCUCACCAACAACGCCCCCUGCGCCCUCUGCACCACCAAGUUGUCAACCCUUCUCUCCUACUUCACCGGACCCACCGUCGGCAACGUCUCCGAGUGCAGACCCUAUACCCAAAUCUACGCCGCCAGUUUCUCCGAUCAGUACGGACCCACCGACCCAGGAACCGCAAAGUGCUUGUUCGGUCUUGAUUUCUCCAAUUCCGGUUCCGGUAAGAGCAAAACCCUAGUAAUCGCGCUUGUUACUGUUUUCUGUGUUCUGGGGUUGUUGAUAGUUUUUGGAAUUUGGGGGUACUUGAGAUUCAAGCGGAGGAAUGAUGAUAGAGCCAAGGAAGGUAAAGCUAUUGAGAUUACUCAGGGGGGUUCUGGGUUGGAUUCAAUGAGCCAGAGUACUACUUUGAUUAGGUUUACCUACAAUGAGAUUAAGAAAGCAACUAGGAAUUUUUCAAGGGAUAACAUAAUUGGGAUGGGGGGUUAUGGGAAUGUUUAUAAAGGGGUGCUUUCUGAUGGAAGCCAGGUUGCUUUGAAAAGGUUCAAGAAUUGUUCUGUUUCUGGGGAUGCUAGUUUCACUCAUGAGGUUGAGGUUAUUGCUAGUGUCAGGCAUGUGAAUCUUGUUGCUCUUAGGGGUUAUUGUACUGCCACCACUAACAUGGAAGGUCAUCAGAGGAUUAUUGUGACUGAUUUGAUGGAGAAUGGGAGUUUAUAUGAUCACUUGUUUGGUUCUGCGAAGAAGAAGCUUAGCUGGCCGAUUCGUCAGAAGAUCGCUCUCGGCACGGCCAAGGGGUUGUCUUAUUUGCACUAUGGGGCUCAGCCUUCGAUUAUCCAUAGGGAUAUUAAGGCUAGCAAUAUACUUUUGGAUGAGAAGUUUGAAGCAAAAGUUGCUGACUUUGGGUUAGCUAAGUUCAACCCUGAGGGAAUGACACACAUGAGCACGAGGGUGGCUGGGACGAUGGGGUAUGUGGCUCCUGAGUAUGCUUUGUAUGGGCAAUUGACGGAGAGGACUGAUGUGUUUAGUUUCGGCGUUGUGCUUCUCGAGCUUUUGAGUGGGAAAAAGGCUCUUCAGUCGAACGACGAAGGGCAACCCACUGCUCUCACUGAUUUAGCUUGGUCAUUGGUUAGGAAUGGCGCAGCUUUGGAUGUUAUUGAAGAUGGGUUACCAGAACCUGGUUCCCCACAGGUUCUUGAGAAAUAUGUGUUGGUCGCUGUGUUAUGUUCCCAUCCACAGCUAUAUGCUAGGCCAACAAUGGAUCAGGUUGUUAAGAUGCUGGAGACAGAGGAUUCAGUAUCAGUGCCCUCAAUUAUGGAAAGACCAAUUCCUUUCAUUGCUGGGAGGCUUGACAUUGAGAAAUCUGCCAGCAGUAACAACUCCGGUCAGCUCUGCAGUCCGACGGGUUAUCAAGCGUAUACAAUGCAAAGUCGCCACCUUUCUAAUUCUAAGGAGGAAGAAGAAAGCUCAUACAUAACACAAAGUCGCCGCCUUUCUAAUUCUAAGGAAGAAGAAGAAGAUGAAGAAGAAAUCUCCGGAUCCGGAACUGUGAGCAAAGAUUGAGUCUGGGGAAAUUGUAUUAUUGCCUUCCACUAGCUAAUACAAGAUUGAUUUGUUUGUACAUUUAGAUUUUAAGAUUGUAUGUUUGCUGAAGCUUUUUCUGUUGUAAAACCAAAACGAUGUACAAAACUUUGAUUCUUUGUAGAGUUUGUUUCAAUGGCAAUAGAGGAUGAUCAAGUUUUGCUGA